CCAACCCUUGGUCUGUACACUACAAUACUACAUUACCCAACACCAAAAACUCUAUCCUCUCAGUUCUCACUUCUCACUCUCUCUUUUGCCAUGUCAACUGGAACACAGCGCAUGUUGAAGAACUUGAAGAAGUUCGCAGAUGUUAAAUACAAGCUCUUCACAGCUCGCUAUGGCCAACAAGUCUCUGACAUCUUCGACUUCCCCAUACACUUCGUUCUCUCCCCGUUCACUCUCGCUUUCGACAUUGUUGGCUCUGCUCCUCGUGGCUUCGGCGUCCCCGAGCUCAUCUCCAAGCUCUCUUACUUUUCUAUUUUCGCUGUUGCUACUCUAGGGACUUAUGACAUUGCAUUGGAGCUUGGAAAGAAAGUGAUAUGUCAGAGAAACUGUCGUACUUGCAAUGGGUGGCAGGCAUUGCGGUGUACUAAGUGCAGAGGAUCAGGGAGGGUGCAUUACCAAGUUAAAAAUUACACCUUGAAAGGUGGAGAGAAGGCAACAGCUGAAUGUGUUGCAGAUGCCAUUGUGGACAAUCGGGCAGAGUUGGUGCACCUUCCAUCCACCAUGGAUCUUCAUGUCCCCUUGCCAACUAAAGACUGCCCAACUUGCGAUGGGACGGGUGUAAUGGGCUGUCCUGAAUGCAAGCACAAAUUACAAGUCAGAAUCUCUGCAGAUGACAUCAUGGAGCCUCCAUGGAAGGCCUAUAAUGUCUUGAAAAGGAUGGACUAUCCCUAUGAGCAUAUAGUUCACAGCAUGAGGGAUCCCAGUAUCGCUGCAUUUUGGUUGAUCACCUUGCCUCAGAUUGUGGGUGGAUUCGACUAUGAUGAUGAUGUCAAGCAGAAAAUUUGGUGGCAAUACAAGGACUCCAUGCAAUAUGAUCAACUUCGAGAUGUGGUGGCAAACCAAAGACCAGGCUGGGAGCACUUGCAGGAGGCCUUGAUUUCUAUAGAUCCUGUCCGUGCUAGGGAUGAUCCUGUUAUAGUGAAAAAUAUCCCCUACCACAAGGCCAAGAAGGCAUUGGAGGCAGAAGUGAUGAAGCUUGAUCCUCCACCACGGCCACCAAGCUGGGGUGAGCUAGAACUUCCACUUAAUGCAUCUUCUUGGAGUGAGGAAGAUCUCAAAGAUCCAGAGAAAUUGUAUGAGAUGACUGUUCUUCUUAAUGCACAAAGAGAAAUUGCUGAUAAAAUCAAGGAUGUUCAAUGGGAAACUAAAUGGCGUCAGGAAAAGUUAAAUGAGAUGUUGGAGGAGAAGGUGCAACCAUACAUUCAAAACAUUGAUAAUGGCAUCCUGUCUAAACCUAUUGUCUUACAAUCACAAAAUCAGGAGCAUAAGGAUUGAAAUCAUUGGUGGGGGGUAUAGGAAAGAUUACGCGUUAAGUGCUAUUCAUGUUAUGUGGAUGAUCUGUCCUUUUGAUUAAUGUAUACUGAGUUUGGAUUCAAGCUUCUCUUUGUAUUUGAACUUCGAAACAGGUAACUCUGUUGUGAGAAUUUUUUUUUUGAUAAGCUGUUUUUGUUGUGGGAAUUUUAUGGUUGAAAAUUUGUACUUUGAAUGUGUUAGAAUAAUGUUUAAUCUUUCUAGCUUAAGCUUUUGGGAUGUGUAGUAAUUUAUCAUGGUAGUAGAGUAGGUGAUACCAUGUCUACACUACCUCCCAUUUUAAAAUUAAAUAUCCCAUGUGUUGGGUCCCACUUAUUAAGGGAGAGCUUGGGCCUUUAUGUGAAGGGGAGUAAAUUCCACGUGUUGGGUUUGUGGGUUCCGAUGUUGAGAUCGGUGGGACAAGGGUUGUGUUUUGUGUGGGGGUUGGGUGCUGUGAGUUGGGUUUUUAAGGGUUGUUUAUGGUGGCGUUGGGAUUGGUGGGUUGCAGUGGUUGUCGGUGGUGGUAGGAGGCGGAGUGGCAUUUUUAGCCAAGGCCAUGGUCGUAGGAGGCGGAGUUGGGUUUUACACUUGUUGCCCAUGUCUUUUUGGAAGAGGAUCUUGGUAGUGUUGGCGUGUUUGUGAGGGAAGGAGGAGGAGGAGCAGUGGUAGCUGAGGGAAGGAGGAGGAGAAUUGUGACUUGUGAGUAUCGUUACCGUUCUGACUGGUCAGACUUAUGGGACCCACUAUUUUGAGUUAAAGAUGAGUAUUUUUAGCAGAAAACUAAAGCCAAACACGUUGGGGAGUAAGUUAAGAGAAAAAGAGAGAAUAAAAUAUGAGAUAUGAGAAUGAGUA